CCUAACACCACUCACCAAUUCGUUAAAAUUGGUUUAUCAUCAGCAUUUCUCUCAGUUCACGUGAUAGAAUCCAAGCAGCAACUUUGUCAUUAUAAACCACGAUGUCAGAAAAUUAUAAGACAAUUGUAACACCAAUAAGAAGUUUUAAAUUCAACCUUAAAUGUCUGCAGAAAAUGAUUUGCAUAAUGCCACGGAAAGAUUUUGUCUUCAGUUCGACUAGUUUAUAUGAGGAACUUAUGAUGGUUUAUCGCGCAUCCAGCGAUGAGACCAAGGAACAGUUAAAAAGUAUUCUCCUAUUACCGAUACAUCUUGGAACAAAUUUCUGGGCAUUAGACAAAAUAGUGGAGGAAAGAGAGAAGAUACGGGAGAAGGAAAAAAAGGAAAAUACGGUUAAUGCGAUGAACGUUUGUUGCAGAGAGCGUUGUUGUUGGAUUAAAGACACCAAAUGUUACAAAAAAAACAACCAUUUAACUCCUGAAAAUUGCAGAUUGUUUGAUCAUUCCAAUAUUCCUAAUGUAAUGAAUGAUAUUAAUGAAGUAUUGAAAAACGAGAUGCAGGGUUACAUCCCUCAACCUGUGGUAUUUAACUCAUUCAAUAACAAUAUGGAAUUUAUUCUUUCGUACGGACUGCGGCUUGAAAUCCAAUCACCUAUCGACGUAAACUAUAUUACCUACAUAUCUCGCAAAUUCGGCAUGUUCGUGACUAAGAUAGUAUUAACUUCCGAGACGUCGCUGUUCGCAUUAUUUCCAGCUGCUCAGGAAUUAGCAAGAUCUAAUAUAUGGAAAAUUGAUGAAGAUAUUUCUGGAUUGGUCGAAAGAUUGGCAACAAAAGAAGGAACCGAAAUGUUCCAUGAAAUACUGUCUGAAAAUACAUCAUUGGAAAAGUUGCCGGAAGAAGAUACAAUAUACCCCAAUUACUUCGAACUGGAGCACAAAUUGCCAAUCGAUCAGUUGUUGGAAAUGUUGGAUAUCAAACAUGUAUUGAGUCCAGAGAAAGCCAGCCUGUUUGGUUUUACUGAAGAAAAUCUGCAUCUCGGCGGUGCGAAUCAUCGUGCAUAUAUCAACUUUACACCAAGAAAUGUUACUGCUAAUGCAGUUAAUAUAUUCUAUACCGAAUCUGGAGGGUCCCUUACAUCAAUGCCAGAACAUAACAAUUGUACUAAAUACGAAAAUUCGUUUGUCUGGUUGUUGUGUAACAAAGAAUAUAUUCUUUUUACUGGCGUUGUCAAUAAAAAUUGUUAGGUGACUUCCUCUUCA